CCGGGCUGGGCCUUAGCGCUUGCAGGAGCAGCAGGACAGGAGAAGGGGCGGGCAGGGAUUCCACGUUCCAAGGUUGUCAUGGCAGCCGUCCCUCCCUUGGUUUCCAUGGCAGCGGGGUGGCGAGGGGCGGGGGCGCUGCGGCGGGGGCUGCCCCCCUCGCGCUGCUGGCAGCGGGUCAGGCUGCCCGCCCCGCCGCUGCUUACCAGAGGCAACCCGGCCGGCCGCAGCAGCAGAGGCCUCUCGUCCUCCUCCUCCGCCAUGGCGCCCUUGAAGGUUGGAGACAAGUUACCCAACGUGGAGGUCUACGAGGGAGACCCUGGCACCAAAGUGAACGUGGCCAGUCUCUUCAAGGGAAAGAAGGGAAUCCUCUUUGGGGUGCCAGGGGCUUUCACCCCAGGCUGCUCAAAGACCCACCUCCCUGGCUACGUGGAGAAGGCAGGACAACUCAAAGGCAAAGGAGUGGAAAUCAUUGCUUGCUUGGCUGUCAACGAUGUCUUUGUUAUGAGUGAAUGGGGAAAGGCUUACCAUGCCGAGGGGAAGGUGCGGAUGCUGGCAGACCCCACCGGAGAAUUUGGGAAGGCCACCGACCUGCUGCUGGACAAGGAGCCCUUGCGGCAGCUCUUUGGAGGCAACCGGUCCAAGCGGUUCUCCAUGGUGGUGCAGGAUGGCGUGGUGGCGUCCUUGAACGUGGAAGAGGACGGGACCGGGCUGACCUGCAGCCUGGCCAACAACAUUGUGUCUCAGCUCUGAGCCCCAGGCGCCUGGGCCCCCCUCCCUCCGCAGCCCCCACCCACCCGUGGCCCCUCCUGCCUGAUGCCGCUCGCAGCCCCUGGGGUCUGGCCUCCUCUGGGCUGUGCUUGCUUCCACUCUCUCGUCCGGGGCUCUUUGGCAGAGUUGCCGGAAAUAAUAAAAGUGCGUGAUUGGGCUGA